GCGUUACGGGCAACGGCCAAGGCGGCGGAGCGGCGGCGAGCGGCGGUGCCGGCGGCUUCCGCGUUGGCGGGCGGGGCGGCGGCGGGAGGGCUCUCGGUGGAUGGGGCGCUGCGGCCGGCGGCGGUUCCGGCAUCCGUCAAGCGCCGGUCGGCGGCCGGGGAGAAGGGGAUGAGCCUGUGAGGCGGAGGAGCGCGGGUGGGGCGAGCCCGGCCGGAGCGGAGCGAUGUCCCAGCCCCGGCAGCAGCCGCCGCCGCCGCCGUCUCCUCAGCAGCAGCCGCAGCCGCCGCCUCCGGCCGCCGCCAAGAAGCGGGAGCGGCGCAUCUUCUCGGGCACCUGCCCCGACCCCAAAUGCCAGGCGCGGCUGUUCUUCCCGGCCCACGGGCCGCAGGGCGCCGGCAGCAUCGAGUGCACGGACUGCGGGCAGCGACACGAGCAGCGGCAGCUGCUGGCGGUGGAGGAGGUGACGGACCCCGACCUGGUGCUGCACAACCUGCUGCGGAACGCGCUGCUGGGCGUCAGCGGCGCCGGGCCGCCCCGCAGGAACACCGAGCUCGUCAAGGUGCUGGGCCUCUCCAACUACCACUGCAAGCUGCUGGCCCCCAUCCUGGCCCGCUACGGCAUGGACAAGCAGACGGGCAAGGCCAAGCUCCUCACGGAGAUGAACCAGGGAGACAUCUUCGACUGCUCCCUGCUGGGGGACCGCGCCUUCCUCAUCGAGCCGGAGCACGUCGAGACCGUCGGCUACGGCAAGGAUCGCUCCGGCAGCCUCAUCUACCUGCAUGACACUCUGGAAGACAUCAAGAAGGCCAACAACAGCCAGGAGUGCCUCAUUCCCGUCCACGUGGAUGGGGACGGCCACUGUCUGGUCCACGCGGUCUCGCGGGCGCUCGUGGGCAGGGAACUGUUCUGGCACGCGCUGCGAGAGAACCUGAAGAAACAUUUUGAGGAGAACCUGAGUCACUACAAGGCGCUCUUCCAUGAUUUUAUCGACGUGGCCGAGUGGGAGGACAUCAUCAAUGAGUGCGACCCGUUGUUUGUUCCUCCGGAAGGUGUGCCCAUGGGCCUUAGGAACAUUCACAUUUUUGGUCUGGCCAACGUGCUUCACCGGCCUAUCAUCCUGUUAGACUCACUGAGUGGAAUGCGAAGCUCUGGAGACUAUUCGGCAACAUUCCUCCCUGGUCUGGUACCCCUAGAAAAAUGUAUGGGAAAGGAUGGCAUGUUGAACAAGCCGAUCUGCAUUGCCUGGAGUAGUUCGGGACGUAACCAUUAUAUUCCUCUGGUUGGAAUAAAAGGUGCUGCUUUACCUAAACUGCCUAGGAAGCUCCUGCCUAAAGCCUGGGGAGUUCCACAAGACCUCAUCAAAAAGUACAUCAAGCUAGAGGAGGACGGUGGUUGUGUUAUUGGAGGAGACAGAAGCUUGCAAGACAAGUACUUGAUGAGGCUGGUUGCUGCAAUGGAGGAGGUUUUCAUGAGUAAACAUGGUAUUCACCCCAGUCUUGUAGCUGAUGUGCAUCAGUAUUUCUACAGAAGGACUGGGGUAAUAGGAGUCCAGCCAGAAGAAGUCACGGCAGCUGCCAAAAAAGCAGUGAUGGACAACCGCCUUCACAGGUGCCUGAUGUGUGGAGCCCUUUCAGAGCAUCAUGUGCCUCCAGAGUGGUUGGCUCCAGGGGGAAAAUUGUAUAAUCUGGCAAAAAAUACCCAUGGUCAGCUACGGCCUGACAAAAAUUACAGCUUUCCUCUGAACAACUUGGUGUGUUCUUACAGCCCUGCAAAAGAUGUGCUGGUACCAGACUACAGCCUGAGUAGUUUGACUACGUGUAACUGGUGUCACAGUAACUUAGUGCGUCGUGUCCGAGAAGAUGGCUCUGUUUUGUAUUUGGAUGGAGACAGAACUAACACUCGGUCUACAGGUGGCAAGUGUGGCUGUGGAUUCAAGCACUACUGGGAAGGUAAAGAGUACGAUAACCUCCCCGAAGCGUUUCCCAUUACUCUCGAGUGGAGUGGAAGAGUGGUGAGAGAGACGGUCUAUUGGUUUCAGUACGAAAGUGACACCUCUUUGAACAGCAAUGUGUAUGAUGUUGCCAUGAAGCUUGUCACCAAACACUUCCCUGGUGAGUUUGGUAGCGAGAUUCUUGUUCAGAAAGUUGUCAACACGAUAUUGCAUCAAACUGCCAAAAAGAACCCUGAUGAUUACACCCCUGUAAAUAUUGACGGUGCUCAUGCCCAAAGAGCUGGGGAGGUACAGCAAGGACAAGAGUUAGAGUCGCAACUUCCUACCAAAAUUAUUUUGACUGGACAGAAGACAAAAACUUUGCACAAGGAGGAGUUAAACAUGAGCAAAACUGAAAGAACUAUUCAGCAGAACAUUGCAGACCAGGCCUCUGUGAUGCAGAAACGGAAAAGUGAAAAAAUGAAACAGGAGCACAAAGGGCAGCCGAGGACUGUGUCUCCGGGGGCUGUUCGUGAGGGGCCAUCAUCUGCACCUGCUACGCCAACAAAAACCCCAUAUUCACCAACAUCUACGAAAGAAAAGAAAAUCCGAAUAACAACAAAUGAUGGGAGGCAGUCCAUGCUUACCCUGAAGUGCACUACCACUUUCUUGGAACUACAGGAAAGCAUAGCUAGAGAGUUUAAUAUUCCUCCAUAUUUGCAGUGUAUUCGCUAUGGUUUUCCUCCUAAAGAGCUUUUGCCUCCCAAAGAAGGCAUGGAAAAUGAACCUGUGCCUUUGCAGCACGGUGACAGAAUUGCCAUAGAAAUCCUGAAAGGUAAGGAGGAGAGCAGCCAGCCUGCGGCAGCACACUCAGCCCACGCCGUGAAACAUGAUGAUGUGACAGUGACCAGUAAAAUCUCAUCGAAGGAGCUGCAGGAGCAAGUUGAUAAGGAGAUGUACUCUCUGUGUCUUCUAGCGACACUGAUGGGAGAAGACGUCUGGUCGUAUGCAAAGGGGCUUCCUCAAUUGUUUCAGCAGGGUGGAGUAUUCUACAGCAUAAUGAAGAAAACCACAGGUUUGGUUGAUGGCAAGCACUGUACUUUUCCACAUCUGCCUGGUAAAAACUUUGUGUACAACGCAGCAGAAGAUCGAUUAGAGCUGUGUGUGGAUGCUGCUGGGCACUUUCCUAUCGGUCCCGAUGUCGAAGACUUGGUUAAAGAGGCCUUAAGUCAGGUGCGAGCAGAAGCUACUUCACGGAGCAGGGAAGCAAGUCCAUCUCAUGGAAUGCUGAAGCUGGGUAGUGGUGGAGUAGUGAAAAAGAAAUCUGAACAGUUACAUAACAUAACUGCAUUUCAAGGAAAGGGCCAUUCGCUAGGAACUGCAUCUGGUAGUCAACAACAUGAUCAAAGAGCCAGGGAAGCACCACUUUUAAGAAAGCAUAGUACAGAAACAGACUUCAGUCCUGCUAAAAUUGAGCCUUCUGUAUUCCCAGCUGCUUCUGCUAAGAGUGAGCUGAUCCGAAUAGCUCCUGGAGUUGUGACAAUGAGAGACGGCAGGCAGCUCGACCCUACUUUGAUUGAGGCACAGAGAAAAAAGUUGCAGGAAAUGAUCUCUUCUAUUCAGGCUUCAAUGGAUAGACAUUUGCGGGAUCAGAAUGCAGAGCAGUCAGCAUCAGUUGAUGUAUCUCAAAGAAAAGUAGAGGCAGUGAGUUCAACUGCUAAAACUGGGAGCUUUCAGGCUGGCUUGCCUGAACCGUUUUCUGCACCGGGUGGUACUGAACACUUGAAUACUGAGUCAGCUGGUGAUAACAUGGUGAAUUCUGUGGGAACAACUUUCCCUGCAAGGUCUAAAGCACAAAAGGGAAAUUCUGUUGAGGAGCUUGAGGAGAUGGAUAGUCAAGAUGCAGGAAUUACUAAUGUAACUGAGCCAAUGGAUCACUCUUGAUAGGUUAAAAUCUAAUAAGGGUAGAAGAAAUUACUGUUCAAAUGUAAUGUUUAUUGGCUGGGCCACACAAAGUGAUUAGUUAUUAAAUCUUGUAUGUAUGUCAAAAAAUUAUAUCAUCUUAUUCAGUGCAUGAUAAGCAAGUGUGUGAUUGGCAAUAGCUUUUAAUAUUACCAUACUGCUACCCAGGCUGGCUCUGUUACCUGUAAAUUAGUUAUUAGGAGAUGCACUGAGAUGAAUAUCUGCUGUAAUGUGGGUUAUUGAAAGUUCUUUGUGAUUUUUAAUUCCAAGUAAGUCUUAAAAUUUAAGCCCAUGCGAGAUUCUUACCAUGCUAGUUGAGGCUACUGGAAAGGCUAAACCUGGCAAAACUAGAAACUUGACCAGGUUAAUCCUGUCCCAGGUACUUAUUUCCACUCAAGAAUACACUAUCAACACGAGCUACACAUAAAUUUCGAAAAGCAAUUGAAACUAAACUUGUCUUAAAUUUUACAAUGUGACACACACAUUAAUUACAUUGUACUGGCACUUCCUCAGAUGUAAAAACGUUUUCAUUCACACAGCUGUAUACACUCGUCAGACAUCUUGGAAUAAGCGUAACUGUAGUCAAUUCUAAUUUCUGCAUAUGUCAGUUCAAGCAAGUUAGAAAAGUGUACGAUGAAGAUAAAGUGAACGUGGUGUGGUUAUGUAUGGCUGUCUGAGCCAACACAGACGUUUUGAUGCUCUGUUAUAUUUCCUCCCAAACACUGAGCUGGUUCAAAUGUUUUACGAUUUUAAAUACAACAGCAGGAGAGAAGUUGGCAAUUGUAAGAAACAACAAAAGUUCAUUAGCAAAUCAGUUUCUCUUAAAAGGCUUCAAUUACUAGCAUUGGUCAGUAACUGGCAAAAAAAAAAACCAAAACCCAAAUAAAUAAUAGCUGCCCUCUUCAGAGCAAAUUAGUGAUUUAUUGGAAGGAAACAGCUCUCUGAAGCACGUUUUCCUCAAGUGUGUGUUAAUAGUGGAGCUUUUGGAAGCUCGCUGUUUACUCAGUGGCAACAAGGAAUGUAACACGGAAUACGUGUUGUUUCAUCGGCUAUAAAAACUACCCACCUCGAUUGGCUUCAGCUUGCGAUGCAGAUUUCCCUGUCUCUGUAAUGCUAUAGCAGGUAUCCACGUAAGUAGUGUGUUCAUCAGACCUGCAGUGCUGAUUUUGAAGGAGGAGCCGUUGUGCUUGCUCCCGAAGGACGGAAUGUUUAUCUGAUAUUGCACUUUGCUUCCUAUCUUCACAGUCACAUUUAAGUGCACUAUUGUUGCUUCUUCUAAUGGUAAAAUAACAUUAAAUGGAUGAAAGAUGUUAAUACAGCUUCAAAGGAAUUAAGAGCAUUUAAAAUAUUGAAGUCGGUGUUUGUGCACAUGUGGGUUUUUACCAGUUUGGAAAUGUUUGUAUUGUAUAUGUUUGUAUUCAGAAAAGCCUCCACUUUUUACAUUUCUAAUCACUUAAACCAUCCUGAGCAUUAGUAUGCAAAAUGCCCCGUGAGGAUUUAUUUUUGUAUGUAAAAAAAAAAAAAAAGAAAAAGAAAACCACUUAAAGCAUAGCCCCCAUUUUGUCAAAGUCAACUUGAAUUUCUCUCUUGACUCACUUCUUAUGCAGAGGGAGUGAAUGUGUAACAAUUUAGUUCACUACUUAUAGGUAAAAUAGAAGAAUCCCAUUUUCACAAAUAAAUGAAAAACCUGAAGGCCUCACAUCUGUAAGUCAGUGACUUGGCAACUUGAAAUGUACAAAGUAAUCUGGCACACCAGAACCGACUUUGCUGAUGCAUUGAUUAACUGGCAGUGCUUAUUCAAUGAGAAACAGGAUGCACAUGCAGCAGCUGGAAGCUUGCCACGACUUCUGAAAACAUUUAGUCUCCCAUGAAUCAGUCUGGCUGUCUGAAGGCUAUUUCUGUAUAUAAAAUGUUGAGCAGAGGAUUGUGCUUUGUCACAGCUUGAGGUUUAGAAAAGUCUGGCAAUGGAGCGUUCCUGGGAAGGAGCUUAAGUGAGGAGGGGCUGAGGGGAAGGAGUCACCUGAAUCUCUUGCAUUUUAGAGAAGACUGCUAUCACUUGGACACUUUCAACCUUUCCUUUAGAAAAAUCUUCCUCAGCUUAAAAAAAGAAAAAAAAGAAAAGAAAAAAAAAAAAGAGCACUGUAUAUGAGAGAAUUUUAAUUUUGAAAUAAAUCGAAAUAUUUAUUGCACAUCAUCCUUAUUCCAAGGAAAGGUGCUUACUUUAAUGCCUUUGUGGUAAGAGUGCAGAAGUUUGUGUGCCUUUUACUGUGUAAAGAGGAAGGCUUGGUUUGAUUUUGACACGCUUCCCAUUUCAGCAGUAAUUUGCUAUUUUCGAUCUUAACUAAAUAGAAAUAGACGCAGAUAAUAGCUCUGCUCGACUCACUGUCAUCUCUGGGAUCCACUAAUCUCACGUAGAUCAGAGUUCUCCAGUUCCUAAAACAAAAUCAUCUCACAAAGGAAUGGUAAAAUGGUGUCAAAAUUACAACAUCUGCUGAUGUGAACUCUUUUGGUGUCAUGUAGGAUUGUGCAUUUUUUUUUUUGGUGCAGUGUUCUUAUUUCACAUAGCUUUCUCACGCAUUUAAAUAUUAGUGUUUUUGAGAAAGAUGGCUUUUGAUACUCUCAAGUAAGGCUAAGCUUCAUCUACAUGCUGGCAAGAUGUGUAACUGUACAGGAGAAGUGAAAUAAAGAACACUGAAGUGUAAAUUUGAACAGAUGUUUCCUUUAAUUGCUAUCAGUGGAUGCAGUUGUAAUUUGAAAUGAAUCAGUGUGCCUGUAUUAUAAGCACCCACGUGCUUGUUAACUUCCCUGUUAGAGUCAGGAAAACCGUGGUGGGGUACAAGGGCACGGAAGGUGUUGACUCACUGUGGGUGCGAAGCCCCCUGUGAACAGGGCUUCUGAAAUGAUUUGGAAUGUACACCUUUCUCCUCAACAGCAGCAACAAAAAACAUCCGGCCCAACUUCUUGCUGCUGUGUUACCUCUGGAUUUAGGCUGUGGCUCUAUGUUCUCUUUGAGCGCUUGCCUUGAUGACUUUCUUGCCUAGGGGCCAACCACUUUUUAAUACAGCGUCUCAUGACAAAGAAGAUAUAAAUUACUUGAACAUUUUAAAAUUUACUAUGGCUUAGUAGGUGUAACCUAAACGAGAGAUGACUACUGAAAAUACAGGCCCGGGACAACAACCCCACCACCCAACAACAGCAAAAGCAAACACCCAAAUGGGAAACCCCAGGAGAACAAAUCAGUUUUGGAGGCAAAUACAAGAGUUUUACUACUUAAAAUGCCUUAGUUAGUAAGGUUGAUUUUUUUUUUUUUUUUUUUUUUAAUACUCUUAUUUCUCUGAGAAUUACUUGAAUUUCAGUGGAGGGAAAAGAAACAACUUCUCAAAUGAAACAACAUAAAUACGUUUGAGAUGUCCUCAGUGUUACGGACACAAAAAAGCAACGUGUAUUUGUGGUUACAAUAUACACAACGCAAAGUAGACACGGUCUCCAACAGAACACGCCAGCAGCUUCGCAAAGGCACAGAGCCGCAAGGCUGUAUGCUAACAGCCCCAUAAAUAUACAACGGGCAUAUCUCCAAAGGAAAAUAUUUCAUUUAAAAUCUUUGAAGAAGUAGAACCCAUUAUCGCUGUCACGGGCUUAGCAGAGCUCAUUGCUGCUCUCUCAGUUUCUUGUGGAAAUGUCAGUUAAUGAAACUCGUAGUACGCUUACAGUUGGGAGAGUUACGCUCAGGCUGAAGUGUAAGGAAUCACAAUUGAUCGUUGUAAGAAGAUUCCCGUGUUAUCUCUACAUUUGGUUGGCUCCCAUUUUUAAGAGAGCAGAAUUUUCAUGCUUUUCUAAAAAUAACGUGAAUUUGAUCCCUCUGUUUAAAGAAUAAAAGAAAACAGCCAACAGUAAUGAAAUAGUAAGUGAUUUCUUUGUUUUGCUUGUGAGUAUCAGUUUAACUUCUUAAAACUGAAGAAGCUGCUUAUGAUCUUUAGAAUGCAGGAUUCCCUCUGAGCCCUUAUGCCUGCGGUUGAGCAAUAAAAGGUUGGAAUGAGUGGUAUUUUCAGAAUUAUUUUGUUUAACGGGGAUUAUUGUCAAGAAAUGAAAGAGUGCACUUUUAGGAGGGAAUGCUAUUUAAAAUGUAUAAAUAAGAAUUAAUAGUGUAUAUAUUUAGCAAACAAAUCUUUUUAAACAGUAAGUGCUUUACAUGUUGAAUUAAAAAGAAACUAGCGUAGAAAUGAUACCACCUUCACAGCACUGGCUGUUAUCCAGCAUACUUUGAUUUUGUUUUAUUUGUGAUUGCUGUACUAAUUAUAUUUGAUUUUUUUAUUUGUAAUGUAACAAUAGUGUAUUAUAACAGUAUAUAGUGUAUUAUAUUACACUUCACUGUACAGUAUUUGGAAUUUUCUUUGAUUGCUAUAUUAAAACUGUAAGUUAAAACGCU